ACUGUAACUAGCGGCUAGUAGAUUACAAAAGUAAUUUCCCACCCCCAACCUGAUCUGCUCGAGUUUACUACUUUAUCAAACUCUUAGCAUAGUGUUAUAUCAGCAACACUCAGAUCCCCAACUUUUCAUUCAAUUUCUCCCGCUUGUUUCGGCUCCAACCUCACCCAUUUUCUGAUCCAUAUCAGUGGCAGUAAAGAGAACCUUACGAUAUAUACCCAAUGUCGUCAAUUUCCUAUGCUAACAUAGCUGCCAAUGGCUCGUCUUCAAGUACGACCUCAGCCUCCAACUCUAAUGGCAACUCCAAUGCUGGGACCACCGUCACUUCACCUGCUCCUAUCCCAGCAGAAAUUGAAUCUUUGGCCAAAUCUGAGGGUCAAGUUGAACUUCCUUUAGAAGAAACCAGCGAUGCUGGUGCUGUCGAAGCCCCAGAAAAUGAUGCUGCACCAAAGACCAAAGAGAAGAAAUUGGCACCAGCUCCGGUUCCUGCCACGAGUGUUUGGGGUACUCACGCCGGUGCUGUCUCUGGCUCCACUUCCCAUGUCACCAAUGUUGACGAGUACAAAUGGCCUACUCCAGAAGAGCAACAGGCCAACGCUAGUGCCAAGUCCUCCAACAAAAACCAAAAGUUCAUCAAGCCUAUCACAAAUAAAUGGGUGCCCAUCAAUGCCAAAGUUAUAUUACCAAAUGCAAGAACCCAGGUAACCCAGCAGGCCAGCAACAACGGCAACAAGAAAAACAAAAAAAAUAACAAUACCAAUAACAAUAACAACAAAAACAACAGAAAUAAGAAGAGUGCUCCAGCUGUAAACGUUGGUGUCAAUGGUGGCAAACCUCAACAAAAAAGAGCUGAGUCUAGCGAUGCAUCGGCUAGAAAUAGCGAAAAGGUUAAUGAUAGAAAAAGUGAGGACGAGGAAAUAAAGUCAUUGGCUGAUGAUUUGAAUGGUAGCCUUACACUUGGGUCUCCUGAAGUUCCAAGUAUCCCAAUUUCAACCCCCGAUGAAAGUGUGCACCAACCACCCGUUAAUAGAACCGUUGAAAGCUCCAGUCAGGAGUCAUACUCCCCAGGCCCCCAAUAUUACCAAAAUAACGGGUCGUUUGUUCCUCCAAACAGCAUGAAUAACGGUCAACCACAACAUCAACAACAACAUUAUAACCAGAACAGACAGUAUAACAAAAUGAACUAUAGAAACAUUAACCGUUUUUCUUUGCCUAAUGGAGGAUCCUACAACCCUAAUUUCAUGCCUUUUGCUGCUCCUCAACCUUACCCCCAUCCUUCUUUGCCCAACAACUACUAUUACCAGACCGCUUAUAACUUACCUCCAGGACAACCACAAGGUUAUCCUCAACCUUUUGCACAACAACCAUACCCUAUUCCUCCUGUUUCUAUUCCUCCUCCUAUCUCCCCCAAGCAAGAUCCCAUUAAUGCAUUGACUCAACAGGUUGACUACUACUUUUCCUUAGAGAACUUAAUCAAAGAUAUCUAUUUGAGAAAGAAGUUCGCUAAGGAAACCGGUUUCAUAAAUGUUUCUGACAUUUUGAGUUUCAAGAGAGUGCAAAUCAUCUUGAAUCAAAUCAAAAACUUGAACCUUAAUGAAGAUUACAACAAGGUGGUGAUAGGUGCUAUCAACAAUUGUAACAAUAUAGACAUCCAAAGUUCUAAUGCUGCUGAAGAAUACGACUUGAAUAAAGUGGAAAUAAGAGUAAAAGAGAACCCCAAACAGUGGAUUUUGGAUUAAACAAUCCUUCCAUCUUUUUUUUUUGCAUCAAAAAGUAUUAUCUUAUAAAUAGUAAAUUGAUAUCUUGUUAAUAAUACAAUAAAAAUUAGCUAAAAUAUUCUACCAUGCGAUUUUUGCAAGUAACCCAUUCGGAUACUUUCUGACCAUGAGUUUUCUAAGCUCAUCGUACACCAAUAAUAGUGAACCAAAUCCAAAUGAAAUAAAGUAGUAUUCGACAGGAACAGAAGAUGAGUCCAAUGCUUUUUGAACUUGGGGGAUGUAGUUCCAAAUAAAAGUGCUGGCAAAAAUAGGCAAAAUCACCAAGAGUUUCCAGCUAAAGUUCUUCAAGCACGACACAAAUCUGGUUCUUACUGUCAAUAAGUUAAAAAACUGCAAAAUGACCAAAUUGACAAAGUAAAUGGACGAAGACCUGCUCAACACUUCAUUCAUUUCAUCGGUUAUCGCAUACUUGUGCAACUCAGAAAACUUGAAGCCGUGACGAGUGAAGUUGAGAAAUGCUAACAACAUCGACGUAAAACUAUAGUAAGUUCCUAACGUCAAGUAAGAAUGCAAAAACAAUUUAUAGUCAACAAGCCUUUCUCCACUCAUUUGCCUAGGCAUCUUUGUCAAGAGAUUGGACUCUUCUGCUUCAAAACUAAUUGUCAUAGCAGCAACACAGUCGGUGAUACAUGAAAUAAUAAUCAUGAAGAAACUCGACAACAUCUGAGGAAAUCCAAAGAUAACGUUCAAAAGAACUGCCCACAAUUCGGCAUAGCUUCCAGCUGGUAAUAAAUAACAAAUUGUUUUUCUAAGGUUCUCAAACACCAAUCUACUGAACUUCACUCCAUGAAUAAUCGACACAAAAGAGUCCAUAAGCACCAAAUCACUUGCAUCUUGGGCAAUUUCGGAACCGUCUAUCAUGGAUAUACCAAUAUCAGCCUGCUUUAUUGAAGGAGAAUCGUUCACACCAUCACCAAUCAUUCCAACAACGUUUUUACGCUUCUGGAACUCCUUGACUAUUUUAAGUUUUUGUUCAGGAGUAGUUCUGCUAAACACCACCAGUUUAUAGUUCAUCAUAUGGUCCCAUUCAAUUUCACUUAACCGAAACAUUUCAUAUCCGUUGAUAAGCACACAAUCGGAGUUCACACCAAUUGAAUCAAUAUUAUCGACAUAGUCAUUGUGAGAAACAAUACCACAUUUUGUAGCAAUAGCCUUAGCAGUGAUUUCAAAGUCACCAGUAAUCAUCACAAUUUUGAUGUGGGCAGCCUUAAGUGCUACCACUGUUUCAGGUAUAUCUUGUCUCAAUGGAUCGCUGAUGCCCAUCAUACCGUCUACAGAGAAUGGAAAGUAUUUCACAUCAAGCUCGUCAUUAUCUGGGACUUCACUUUUGAGCUUCUGGUAUUCCUCGGGUGAGUAUAAGUUGGACCCUAACAACACAACCCUUUCUCCUUGGUUACACCAAUCAAACUGUACUUGAAUCAACUUUUGUCUCAAGUCAUCUGUCAAGGGAGUCCUCUCCCCAUCCACAAGUACAAAACUUGCCUUCUCUAUAAGAACCUCUGGUGCACCCUUAAUGGUGAACAAGAUUCCUUCUCCACACUCAAACACCUUAAUCAUAUACUUGUUUUUGGAAUUGAACCCCAACUCAUCCACCAAAGUAUAAUUGCGAGAGUCGACGAAGG